UUGAGACACUACGUUAUCUCCGUUUCAUAUCAAUAAUAUGUAAACAAAGAAGAACGAUGAGACUUGAAUCAAGAAAAUUCUAAACAGUGCAAAGAUUCGUCGGAGCUCGAUUGAACCAUGUUGAAAUUAAUAAACGUCGCAACAAGUGAGACCUUUUUCUAUGCUGCGAUUGUGAUAUUUCUACCCAUUUCAACGAGUACUGAAAAUUGCGGAAUAACACCGAAGGAUGACAUCAAUGUGACACAGCUUCCCCAAGUUUGGUACGAGUCAUUUCAUUCGCACAAAGAAAUAUUAUCCAAAAUUAUUUCUUGUCAAGUCAUCACGAACGUGACCCCUGAUGCUGACGGCAACUUUGAAGUUCGCGAAACCAAUUAUUAUCAAUCCGGAAAAUCUCCGGAAAGCUUUACUAUUUCUGUUGUUAAAAGCGAUGAAACUGCAACUUAUACGGGUGUAGGGGAUUCGAAUUAUUUCAAAGCUGCAAGUAGACUGACCUUAACAAAGUACAAUAAGGAUGUACUAACUGGAGCUGUUGAAAUCGGAACCGGAAAAAAUAAAGUAGUUCUUGUGACUGAUUAUUCAACAUAUUGGAUUCAUGUUUUUUGCAGCUCAAGUUUCUCUGGAGAAAACAUCUUGGUUAAUGUUUACACUUCAAAACCAAAUCCGACAGCGUCAGAUUUGUUGCGGGCAAGAAUUGCUUUGAUUGAUUUGAACGUUACUGUGUCUCUUGAAAUGUCUGUUGGAUGUUCCAAGAUGAAAUAG